AUGUUUGGAAUACUCUGGAUCGACAGCUCCUCCACAUUCUCCACAUCCCCCAAGCUCCUCCACAUUCUCCACAUCCCCCAAGCUCCUCCAUAUCCUCCAUAUCCUCAAAGCUCCUCCACAUCCUCCAAGUCUCUCCACAUCCUCAACAUCCUCAAAGCCCCUCCACAUCCUCCAAGUCUCUCCACAUCCUCAACAUCCUCAAAGCCCCUCCAAGCUCCUCCAAGUCUCUCCACAUUUUCCACAUCCUCUAAGCUCCUCUACACCCUCCAAGUGUCUCCACAUCCUCCAAGCUCCUCCAGAUCCUCCAAGUCUCUCCACAUCCUCCAAGUCUCACCACAUCCUCCAAGGCUCUCCACAUCCUCCAAGUCUCUCCACAUCCUCCAAGUCUCUCCACAUCCUCCAAGUCUCUCCACAUCCUCUAAGCUCCUCUACACCCUCCAAGUCUCUCCACAUCCUCCAAGCCCCUACACAUCCUACAUAUCCUCCACAUCCUCCACAUCCUCCAAGCUCCUACACAUCCUCCAAAUCUCUCCACAUCCUCCAAGUCUCUCCACAUCCUCCAAAUCUCUCCACAUCCUCCAAGUCUCUCCACAUCCUCCAAAUCUCUCCACAUCCUCCACACCCUCCAAGAUCCUCCACAUCCUACACAUCCUCAACAUCCUCAAACCCCCUCCACAUCCUCCAAGCUCCUCCACAUCCUCCAAGCUCCUCCACACCCUCCAAUCUCUCCACAUCCUCCACAUCCUCCAAGCUCCUCCACACCCUCUAAGCUCCUCUACACCCUCCAAGUCUCUCCACAUCCUUCAAGCUCCUCCACACCCUCCAAGUCUCUCCACUUCCUCCACAUCCUCUAAGCUCCUCUACACCCUCCAAGUCUCUCCACAUCCUCUAAGCUCCUCUACACCCUCCAAGUCUCUCCACAUCCUUCAAGCUCCUCCACACCCUCCAAGUCUCUCCACAUCCUCCACAUCCUCUAAGCUCCACUACACCCUCCAAGUCUCUCCACAUCCUCUAAGCUCCUCUACACCCUCCAAGCCUCUCCACAUCCUUCAAGCUCCUCCACACCCUCCAAGUCUCUCCACAUCCUCUAAGCUCCUCUACACCCUCCAAGUCUCUCCACAUCCUUCAAGCUCCUCCACACCCUCCAAGUCUCUCCACAUCCUCCAAGCUCCUACACAUCCUACACAUCCUACACAUCCUCUAAGCUCCUCUACACCCGCCAAGCCUCUCCACAUCCUUCAAGCUCCAAGUCUCUCCACAUCCUCUAAGCUCCUCUACACCCUCCAAGUCUCUCCACAUCCUCUAAGCUCCUCUCCACCCUCCAAGUCUCUCCACAUCCUCCACAUCCUCCAAGCUCCUCCAAAUAAUCCAAGUCUCUCCACAUCCUCUAAGCUCCUCUACACCCUCCAAGUCUCUCCACAUCCUCUAAGCUCCUCUACACCCUCCAAGUCUCUUCACAUCCUCCAAGCUCCUCCACAUCCUCCACAUCCUCCAAGCCCCUACACAUCCUCCAAGCCCCUACACAUCCUCCAAGCCCCUACACAUCCUACACAUCCUCCAAGCUCCUCCACAUCCUCCAAGCCCCUACACAUCCUCCACAUCCUCCACAUCCUCCACAUCCUCCACAUCCUACACAUCCUCAAAGCCCCUCCACAUCCUCCAAGUCUCUCCACAUCCUCUAAGCUCCUCCACACCCUUCAAGUCUCUCCACAUCCUUCAAGCUCCUCCACACCCUCCACAUCCUCCAAGCCCCUACACAUCCUCCACAUCCUCCACAUCCUCCACAUCCUACACAUCCUACACAUCCUCAAAGCUCCUCCACACCCUCCAAGUCUCUCCACAUCAUCCAAGCCUCCUCCAAGCCCCUACACAUCCUACACAUCCUACACAUCCUCCAAGCCCCUACACAUCCUCCAAGUCUCUCCACAUCCUCCACAUCCUACACAUCCUCAAAGCCCCUCCACAUCCUCCAAGUCUCUCCACAUCCUCCACAUCCUACACAUCCUCCAAGUCUCUCCACAUCCUCCAAGCUCCUCCAAGGCUCUCCACAUCCUCCAAGGCUCUCCACAUCCUCCAAGGCUCUCCACAUCCUCCAAGCGCCUCCACAUCCUCCAAGCCCCUACACAUCCUAAACAUCCUCCACAUCCUACACAUCCUCCAAGCCCCUACACAUCCUACACAUCCUACACAUCCUACACAUCCGCCAAGCCCCUACACAUCCUACACAUCCGCCAAGCCCCUACACAUCCUACACAUCCUCCAAGCCCCUACACAUCCUACACAUCCUCCAAGCCCCUACAUAUCCUACACAUCCGCCAAGCCCCUACACAUUUUACACAUCCUCCAAUCCCCUCCACAUCCCACACAUCCUCCAAGUCUCUCAUGCAGCUGAGAACCAGCACUGCUUGUGAGAUCCUGUGA